AUGUGGUUGAUUUUGGGGCUGGAGGAUAGUCCUGCGCAUCAGCGUGACGAUAUUUCUAGUGGUGGUCGUCUUUGUGGUGAUGAUGAUGAUGGUGGUGGUGGUGGUGGUGAUGAUGAUGAUGAUGAUGAUGAUGAUGAUGAUGAUGAUGAUGAUGAUGAUGAUGAUGAUGAUGAUGAUGAUGAUGAUGAUGAUGAUGAUGAUGAUGAUGAUGAUUAUUAA